AUCGAAAGAGAUCAGUUUGUGGUGACUAACGAAACGAACAACAUGUAAGACGAUUUUCGUUGUUGUGGUUGAAGGUGUUGUAUUAGACUUUUUUGUUUUCAUAUUUAUUUUUUUUCGCUCGUCGAUUUCAACAAUUUAACAUAACAAUAUACGCGAUAUUUCUCUGUAUGUACGUUUAAUAUUGUGUAUAAACAAACGGUUACGUAUCGAUACCCGACAAUGAAGAAGAUGCUAUGUGGUGAUCAGUCUUCCUAAAAAAUUGUUACAAAAUAUUUUUCUGUGCUAUAUUCAACGUGCGAAUGUUAAUAAAAAAAAAUAAUAAAAACUUUUGUGGUACAAUAUUCUUCGCAAGUUUUAUACUCUUUUGUUAAUAUUAUGUGAGUGAAUAAUAAUAAAGGUGCUGCUUCUCUAUGUUUGGAUAAAAUAAAUUUUAAUAUUUUUUUUUUCGUUAAUACUUCUCCCGAUAUACAAUUAAAAGGCACAUUCAUUGUGCAAUUUUUCUUGUAAAUAUUUUUGCGCGUAAAUACUUAAAGCAUCGUUUUGGGCAAUAUCGUCAUUGUAUGUGAUUUUAAUUAGAUGUUGAGAAUUGGAAUGCUUAACUCGGUGUAUACACAUCCAGCAUAACUUGAAUGGAAUUUUAACAGAAUCAACCUUGCUGGAAUUAAACAAAGAAAAAUACCAUGGAUUAUGCGGAAAGCUCAACGGAAUGCUAAUCAAAUCUUAAGUUAUUUUGGUUCUAUUUCCACAUUUAUAGGAAAUAAACAAAAAGCCAAAUUAAGGAAAUUGAAUCAAUUCCAUUUUCCCACCCGCAAAUAACUUUACACAGCUUAAGUACAUAGGCUGUCGCCUGGUGUGCGUAUAUAUAUAAUAAGAGGGAUUUAAUCCAUACUCUUCUUCGCAUAAAACGCAACUUCAACGAAUUUCUUAAAUAUGUUGAAAGGAAUGCACGAACGACCAGUUAAGAAAAUCAAGGGAGGACAUUAUGUAGCUACAAAUGAUCGUGACACACCCGAUCCACCAUAUGUACACGCUAAUCGGGGAUAUUGGACGGAUGGUGAAGAGAGUCAUAGAGCACCAUCCGAACGAACAAUGUCUGAGUAUACGAUAACAAAUGAACGAACAUCACCACCACAUCCUCCAGUUAGAAAAACGAAAAUCGAUCGAUCGGAAAAUGGUGGACCACGAUCGUUAGUGAUGAGUCCCUCGAACGGGCCGCCGAAUCGAAUUCCGCCUAGAGCACCGUCGGCACUUAGCUAUGAUCAUGGGGGCGAUACUGGAAGUGAUAUUUAUGUGACGAGUGCAGCUUAUAAAGCUCCAUCGGAAAUUAGUCGCUAUAGUGUACAUAGAUCCCAUUCACGAGGUCCUCGGAGUUUAUAUUCAGUUGCCAGUUCAGCCAAAACCGGUCGAAGUAAUCGUUCUCGACGUGCCGGAGCCCAAGUUGAAUUGAUGUCAGCACCGAAUCCAUUUUGCCCGAAUGUAAAAGGAGUUUGUUGCUUAAUGCUACUACUAAAUCUAGGACUGAUAUUGGUGACGCUAGGUUUUGUAAUUGUCAUUCAAUUCAUGGAACCUCUGUUCGUUUGGAUUCUUGGAGUAAUUUUCCUAAUCUUUGGCUUCCUUACACUAAUUGGUAGCAUGAUUUAUUGUGUGAUUGUGUGUCGGGACGCUAAAACUCCGGCUCAAUUGCGAAACGAAGACUUGUAUUGGACACGGCACUGGCAGAAGAACAUUGGCUACACACCGCACGAAAUUAAUUACAAAACAGAUCGUUACGAUGGAUACUCGGAUCGCUAUUCGGUGGGCAAACAGAGUGGUAAAUUUUCAGACCGUGAAAGUAAUCGUUACUAAAAUGAAAAAAAAAAUUAUUUCCGCGAAUCGCAAUGCAAAAUUGCAUCAUUAAGCUAACAAAGUUCAUAUUUUAAUUGAAUGUGGAGUAUAAUCUGCGACAGGUGAAACAUUACCUCCUCUCUGACUUGCUACAGCUACAUAUAUGUACAUCUAGUGAUAUCCUCUCAACUGUUUGUGCAGGAAAUAUCAAAACAUUUUUUUUUAUUUAAACAAUGAAAUGAAAUCUAAAAAAAAGUUUUUAACUUUUAAUUAACAGAAAUUAUCAUUAAAAAUGUUAACAAAAUGUAAAUAAAAAUAUAA